CACCAACUUCCUCUUGCAAUCCCUACCUCCCUGACGCCAUCAAUACAAUGAAGUAUUACAUUCCUCUCCUUGCCUGUGCCGCCAUUAGCGCUGCUGCACCAGCUCCUCAGAUUGAAAAUGGCGGAGACUGGCUGAGACGCUCGCCUGAGAAGCGCCAGAUUGAAAACAGUGGCGACUGGUUGAAGCGCCAGAUCGAGAACGCCAACUGGGAAUGGCUAAAGCGCCAGAUCGAGAACAGUGGCGAUUGGCUGAAGCGUGAUAGCCCUGUUCACCAGGAAAAGUAGGUUGGCUCUACUACUCCAAACUCUCUGAUAGCUGCUGGUCUGGAGCAACCAUAUCCCUAAUCAAAGCUCAACAUUCCUUUAGUGUGACCAUACCAUUUUUAAGCGAAUAAAUAUGUUACUUGUAA